UCCCUCCGUCGCCCUCGCGAUGGAAGGGGCGCUCCCAACUCCUGACAUGGGCUCGCUUCGCGCUAGUCCUGUUCCUUCAGUACCGUUCGCUGGAGCUUUAUUGUGCACUCAACCCGAGGCUAAGUGGGCAGUACUUGUGGGAGUCGGCGGGCUCUGCCGCUCAUUCAGAACGACCGAGCCUUACACCCGAGAGCGGGUGCAGCACUAAGAACUGUAUCGGGCCGCACCUCGGCGGUGCUGAGAAGGCAGGCUGGGGGAGAGAUUGUUGGAUCCGAAGUAGCGUCUGUGUUGUCUUGAGCUGCGGAUCGGAAAUUGUUAGUUCAUGAAGUUUUACUAUCUAUUUAAGUAAGCAAAAAUGGAAAAUUCUGCAAAAGCAGAGGAGUGUGGAAAGACCUCUCUUGAAGAGGCAAAAGCAUCAGUCGAUUUGGAAACAGAAUCUUCAUUCAGUAUUAAUGAAAACACAACCACUCCUGGGACUGGCCUUUCUGAAAAGGCUUCUAUCUGUGGACAAGUAGACUCACCAAAAAAGAGAAAAAUGGAAUUUGAAGAUGAUCUUAUAAAGGAAAGUUCUAGUUGUGGGGAAGAUACUCCAACCAAGAAAAGGAAACUUGAUGCUGAAAUUGUCCCAGAGGAAAAAGGUUCUGGUGAUGAUGAAGGCAUUUCAAGGAAAAGAAGAAUGGAAACAGAUGAUUUUCCAAAAGAUGAACCUUCUACUGGAGAUAGCACACAGAAAAAGAGAAAAAUAGAACUUGAGGAUGUUCCUGAAAAGCAAAAAAAGUUAGAAGAGGGACACAGUUCGGCGGUGGCUGCCCACUAUAAUGAACUACAGGAAGUUGGUUUGGAGAAGCGUAGCCAAAGUCGUAUUUUUUACCUAAGAAACUUUAAUAAUUGGAUGAAAAGCGUCCUCAUUGGGGAAUUUUUAGAAAAGGUACGACAGAAAAAAAAGCGUGAUAUCACUGUUUUGGACCUGGGAUGUGGUAAAGGUGGAGAUUUGCUCAAGUGGAAAAAGGGAAGAAUUAACAAGCUAGUUUGUACAGAUAUUGCUGAUGUUUCUGUCAAACAGUGUCAGCAGCGGUAUGAGGACAUGAAAAAUCGUUGUCGUGAUAACGAAUAUAUUUUCAGUGCAGAAUUUGUAACUGCUGAUUGUUCAAAGGAACUUUUGAUUAACAAAUUUCGUGACCCAGAAAUGUGCUUUGACAUCUGCAGUUGUCAGUUUGUCUGUCAUUAUUCAUUUGAAUCCUAUGAGCAGGCUGACAUGAUGCUCAGAAAUGCUUGUGAGAGACUGAGCCCUGGAGGUUAUUUUAUUGGUACUACUCCCAAUAGCUUUGAACUAAUAAGACGCCUUGAAGCUUCAGAAACAGAAUCAUUUGGGAAUGAGAUAUAUACUGUGAAGUUUCAGAAGAAAGGAGAUUAUCCUUUAUUUGGCUGCAAAUAUGACUUCAACUUGGAAGGUGUUGUGGAUGUCCCUGAAUUCUUGGUCUAUUUUCCAUUGCUAAAUGAAAUGGCAAAGAAGUACAACAUGAAACUAGUCUACAAAAAAACAUUUCUGGAGUUCUAUGAAGAAAAGAUUAAGAACAAUGAAAAUAAAAUGCUGUUAAAACGAAUGCAGGCCCUAGAGCCAUAUCCAGCAAAUGAGAAUUCCAAACUUGCCUCUGAGAAGAUAGAUGACUAUGAACAUGCAGCAGAGUACAUGAAGAACAGUCAAGUAAGGUUACCUUUGGGAACCUUAAGUAAGUCGGAGUGGGAAGCCACAAGUAUUUACCUGGUUUUUGCAUUUGAGAAGCAGCGGUGAGCACAUACGCAGUAGUCCCAGGACAGCUGUGUCCCGUCCUGUGCAGAUUUGAAUGCUCCAUCCUAGAUCUGACAACUUUCUGUUUGUUUGUCAUAAUUACUCUAAAUGUGCAGGAUGCUGCCGGAAACUCCAGUGUGUAAAUUCAACAUUUGCUGUCUGUGACAGAUGAACUUUUGUGUGUGUAUAUAAGAAUGAGUUGGGACCUUUGUCUUUAAAAAUCUAUUUUUAAGUAAUGUUCUAAGAAUUCCAUUUGCCUCACUACUCUCCUAGCGCAUAAAAAUUAUAGUAUGACUUGUUAGAUUUGCUGAACUCUUUCCACAGUGCUCUGAUUUGUUCAAUGUUCGUUUACAGUAUUAAAUUCAUUGCCCUUGUAGAAUUGCUGAGGGAGCAUACUGGUUUAUGGGGGUUUGUGCUCAUUUCUGUAGUUCUGUUAUCUAGUGUUUUUCAAGAUUAAAUGGAUUGUGUUCUGUACAAUUAAUUGAAUGUGCUCAAUAUAUAUCGCUAAAGUUGUACGUUUAAAACAAAAUUUUAGAUGGCCACGAAAGUUUUUUACCUAGAAUUUUAGCCAGUUACUACAUUUCAUUAUAAAUACUAACUACUUCAUUUGCUAAUAUGAUCUAAUUCUGGAACUGGUUAGAAUGUUUUAUAUAACAGCAUAAAAUUGUUUCAGAUUUUAGGGGCUUUAUCUUAAGAAUUUCCUUCCAUAGCAAUUAAUGUUUCUAGUUAUCAAGAAUGUAAUUAGACAGAUUUCCCUUUCUUCAUUGAAUGAAAAUGCCGUAGUCGUUUUUCCAUGACUUAAUGAAAACCUGUCCCGUGUGAACCUGUUGCACAUUUUCCUCAAGAGAGAUGUAUGGAACUGCAAUAGGAGGGUUCAAGGAAGGUGAAAGGAAGCUGAAAAGCAGACUUCAGAUGAAUUCUCCCUGACGUUAGAUACAGCUUACCGGCACUAUGUGCUGUGUUCCUCCCCUUCGGCCCCAAGAGAAGCGGUACCUGCUCUUGCAUUACAACAUCAUACUUUGUGCAGUAGGCUCCAGCAUCCCAUCACCGCUCAGAACUUGAAUUUGCCAUUUCAGAACUGUUGACUCUUUCCAGCCCUGGCUUCUUGCUUGACUUCUCUUCCAAAACUGACACCUAAGUGAACACUUGUCCUUACUUUACGUUUUACUGUUUAAAAAAACUUUCCAGUAUUUAGGUGUAGUGAAACAAAGAACAAAACAGAGCAACUAUUGCAUAUUCUUCUAAAAUUCAUUUAUUUAAUGCAUGGAUUUAAAAGACAUUACUUUCUGUAAUUAUCCAGAGUACUUGUUUAAAACUUGAGGUUUCUUAAUUUGUUUAUGUAUGUUGAUUAUUCACGGUGUCAGAAUAACAGACCUUUUAGCAAGAGAACACAGGUUACCUAAUAUCUGUUUCUUGUGUGUUUGUCAAUCUCCAUACUGUUACCAGUUUAUAAAAGUUAAGUCUUUUAGCCUUAGUGGUGGUUUGCUAUAAGUCGUUUGAGGAAAUAAAUAAUAGUAUUUCUGAC